AGGUUUGGCCCAUUUAUGCUAUAUAAACCACUAAUAAAUUCAUCACUCAUCUUUCAGCAUUUUAGGGUUUAUUUUGGCAGAGUCGAUUUCACCUUAGCUUCCGCCGCAUCCGUCUACAGAAUGGAUUCUCAGAUCAAACACGCCGUGGUCGUAAAGGUCAUGGGUAGGACCGGUUCUCGUGGUCAGGUGACUCAGGUUAGAGUCAAGUUUACUGAUUCAGACCGUUACAUCAUGAGGAACGUGAAAGGACCGGUCAGGGAAGGAGAUAUCCUCACUCUCCUCGAGUCCGAGAGAGAAGCUAGAAGACUCCGUUGAUUCCAUAUCUCCUCUUCCAGAAGCCUACAUUUUCAUGGUCUCUUGUCUUGUUUCUUGGUCUUUGUAGUCCCAAGUUUAUUUUUAUACUUUUGCUGCUUUGUUUUAAUUAAUUACUUGAGGUUUUGUUAAGACAAUGUUUGAAUCUAGGCAUCAAUCUUUAUGACAUAAUGAAAGUGUGUUACUAUUUUCGUCAA